GCGCUGGCAGAUGCCUUGAAGGCCAACUGUACAGUCACCCACGUCUACCUCCGUGGCAACUGGUUCGGGGACGAGGGUGCCAAGGCACUCGCACAUGCCCUGAACUCCAAUCGCACCGUCAUCCACAUCAACCUCGAACACAACUACAUCGGAGACCAGGGUGCCAAGGCACUGGCAGAUACCUUAAAGUCCAACGGUACGGUCACUCACGUCAACCUCGAUUACAACGACAUCGGAGACGAAGGCGCCAAGGCGCUCGCAGAUGCCUUCAAGUCCAACUGUACGGUCACCCACGUCAACCUCUAUGGCAACAGGAUCGGGGCCCAUGGCGCCAAGGCACUCGCAGAUGCACUGAAGUCCAAUCACUCCGUCACCUACAUCGACCUCCGAUUCAACGAGAUCGGGGACGAGGGCAGAAAGGCCAGGCGGCCACGGAGUGUUUGCAGCUUGCAAUUUCGAGCCCCGCUUUGCUGUGAGAGGCACUCGGAGAUGUUCGGAAGUUCAACCAUGUUGUCGUCGAGUUGUAUUUUUGAGGCCAGCACUUUGGUGCAUCAGUCGAUGCUGCGAAGCACAGGGAGUAGCAUAAAAGAACAGGUUCGUUUGUUUUCGUUACUCCGUUCAGCGAUGCACCAAUAG